AUGGACACGCCGGAAAAACGUCCACGGAUGAAGGCUGCUGAUCGGCCUUGGGCGGAGCUGAGUGACCACCUUGUGAGGGGAAAUUGGUUGCUCCAAUCUCCGCCCCCUCUUCCGCCUCCACAAGACGAUCCACCAGUUACGCCAGUCAAGCGCAAGCACUGCAACGCUGAAAGUGCCCCAGAGUUGCCUAUGCCAAUCAAGGCAGAGCCCCAGCGACAAGGCCAGGUUGUUCAAGGACCAUGUCUUUUUGUAAGGAUGAUAAAUUAUAAUAAGUAUAAAUGGGUAAGUGGCUUGUUCAAACUGAAUCUCUUUCCAUUCCAUCCAGUUGAUCCUGGCAUAUAUUUCACAAGGGUUCGAAAGGAAUUCCAAGGUGUUUUUCUAUGUUCUUCCUUGGGUGAGGACCGAAGAAGUUGA